UUCUGUCAACAAAUUAAAUAAUAAUUAUGACUAUUUUAUAAGCUUUGAUUACACAGUACUCGUCAUGUUCUCUUUAAUUAUAUACACCAUACUAGCAUCCUCUCAAUUAUUCACUAUUUCCCCUUUGCCUGGUUUCCCAUCUCCAAUGGCUGAGGCUGUCUCUGGCUUUGCCUCUGCUGCGAGAACAUGCGGAGUGCCUGAACGAGCCAAGCUGCAUAUUGCCAUGAAUGUUUUUCAGCUCGGUUAUGCCGUGAAUCAUGUAAUCAUGCGAGUUGCUCUUAAUAUGGGUGUAAGCAAGCUUGUUUUCCCCUUUUAUAGGAACAUCUUGGCCCUGCUUGCCUUGGCCCCCUCUGCCUAUUUCCUAGAAAAGAAAAAAAGACCAGCACUGACCGUUUCUUUCCUGAUACAAUUCUUCCUCCUUGGAUUUAUCGGAAUAACAUUGAAUCAAGGAUUUUACAUAUUUGGCUUAGACAACACAUCGCCUGCAUUAGCUUCUGCUACUGAGAAUUCUGUCCCAGCUGUGACUUUCAUCAUGGCUGCCUUACUGAGGAUGGAACAAGUACACUUGAAUCGUAAAGAUGGAAUAGCUAAGGUGUUCGGAACUCUUGCUUCAGUAGCUGGAGCUUUAGUUAUAACCCUUUACAAAGGGCCAAUCGUUUAUAGUCCCAAUUCACCUUCAAAUAAGUCACUCUUUUCAUCUUUUGGAGAUGCACAAGGGAAGAACUGGACAAUUGGUUGCAUAUGUCUCAUAGGCCAUUCCCUUUGCUGGUCAAGCUGGAUCGUUUUACAAGCACCAGUCCUAAAGGAAUACCCGGCUCGGCUCUCGUUCGUUUCGUACACUUGCUUUUUUGCCGUUAUGCAGUUUGGUGCCAUCGCGGCCGCCGUCGAAAAAGACCCCCUAGCUUGGCAGGUUCACUCCGGCAGUGAAGUCUUCACUAUUGUCUACACGGGACUCAUAGCUUCAGCAAUGGUGUUUGCAUUACAAAUAUAUGUUGUUGACAGAGGAGGUCCCUUGUUCGUCUCCAUGUAUUUACCUCUGCAAACCUUACUUGCAGCUGUACUGGCUACUGUUACAUUGGGUGAAGAAUUCUACUUGGGAGGGGUAGUUGGAGCAGCACUGAUCAUAGCAGGAUUGUAUCUGGUGAUCCUAGGAAAAAAUGAAGAGAGCAAGUUCCUAUCCGAAAACGAACCGAUUCACUCGAUGUCUGAAUGUAACGGCGUCGAAUCCACCUUCAUUAAGCCAUUGCUUGAGGCCCCUGGGACAUAAUUUGCAGAGUUGAGGGACAUUGAUACCUUGUCAGCUGCAUGGCAAAACCGGUCAUCUGAUCCACAGGAAUGGGCAUUAUGGAUCGUAUGAAGCAGGAGGUUCUAUUCAAAUUGAUGGGGGGAAAAUCACAUAUUUUAGAAAUAUAUAUUAGAAAAGUUUGAAUUGUUUUGAUCAUCAUUCAACAUGAGAUGCCAUAAUAUGCGAAUCAAUUCUUUUGGUACUUAUUAUUAUUAUUAAUGUUGAAAGGAACACAGAGGGUGGCUUCUCUGAGCUCUAAUAGCCAACA